AUGGCAGGACCUAAUCUAGAAGUUUUCAAGUUUGGAAUGUACAUCCUCUUCCCAAUUGGCACCAUGUACUACUUUGGUACCAAUCUUGACAACCGCUUUUCCGUACCCGACUUCUGGCCCAGCCAAAGCGCAACCCACAAGAUCCCGUUUGAUCGCGAUGAGAUUUCCAAGGAGUUGGAGAGACUGAAAGCGAGAAAUUUGGAGAACAAGAGGAGGCGAGAGGCCGAGGAGGCGAGGAUGAGGGAGUUGGGCAUGGGCAAGGGCGAGUAA